AUGGUAUGGGGAUGUUUUGCAGGUGAUGGAAUAGGAGAUUUGUUUGAAGUAAAGGGUAUUAUGAAGAAGGAACAGUACCACUCCAUCCUCCAGCACCAUGCUGUUCCAUCUGGACUCAAGCUUGUGGCUCAUAAGUUUGUUUUACAGCAAGACAAUGACCCUAAGCACUCUGCCAAGCUCUGUCAAGGUUACCUAGAAGAGGAAAGUGUUCUUCAAAAGAUGGUUCGGCCCCCUCAGUCUCCAGACCUUUCUCCGAUUGAGCUUGUGAAGGAUGAAUUGGAUCGAUCGGUCAGAAAAAUGCGUCCCACGAAUCAGCAGUCUCUUUUUAAUAAACUUAAGAAAUCUUGGAAUGCAAUCCCUGGAACAUACCUUGAAAAACUUGUGAAACGAUUCCUGGUACUGUAUAUGCCAAGCUGUUGUUAA